GUGGCAAUGACAACAGCAGAGAUGCAAUGGCAGAUCACUUAUCGUUGUGCUCGGAUAACAUGAAAGAUUCCAGAAGUAUUAACGAGUCUCCUACGGAUAUAUGUGAUGAAAACAAUCAGGAUAUUAAAGAUGAACUUGAACCUGGAUUUAUCGAGGAGAGAUUUCGUGUUGACAGAAAGAAAUUGGAGCAAAUGCUCCAAGGUAACGACCAUGAAGAAGAAAAUGCAGAAGAUUUCUUCCAACGGAUCAUGGAAGAAUCGAAUACUAGAAUUACAUGGCCUUCAAAGUUAAAAAUAGGUGCAAAGUCCAAAAAGGAUCCUCACAUUAAAGUGGUUGGUUAUCCUGAGGAUGUCAAAUCUGCCAAAGAACAUAUUAUGUCCAUAUUGGACACGAAAAGUAAUAGAGUUACUUUGAAAAUGGAUGUCUCCCAUACAGACCACUCCCAUGUGAUUGGAAAGGGAGGUAACAACAUAAAACGGGUAAUGCAGGAAACAGGAUGUCAUAUCCACUUCCCAGACUCCAAUCGGGGCAAUCAUGUUCAAGAAAAAAGUAAUCAGGUAUCAAUUGCUGGACAACCUGCAGGAGUAGAAACUGCUAGGGCUCAAAUUAGAGAACUACUGCCAUUAGUGUUCAUGUUUGAACUUCCUGUGACAGGUCUAACACCUGAUUCCUCUUCACCAUUGGUACAACAACUUCAGCAACAAUAUACAAUAUCUGUCACGUUCCGUCAGAGACCCAGAGCAUACACAACAACGGUGGUUGUACGAGGCACAGUCUGUAAUGCUAAGUCUGUAAAGGAAGGAACAUUAAGACUGAUGGAACAACUAACAGCAACCUCUGGGGUAUCUUUACCAGUAAGCAUGCAGCUUGAGAUAGCCCCACAACACCAUCUGUUUAUUAUAGGUAGAGGGGGUAUGAAUAUCAAACAGAUUAUGCAACAAACUGGAGCCAGUAUACAUUUCCCUGACCCUAACACAGUGACACCACCCAGAAAGGGUACAGUUUAUGUUACAGGCAGCAUUGAAAGUGUAUUCAUGGCAAGACAACAUUUAAUUGGUUGCCUCCCUUUGGUUCUGAUGUUUGAUGUUAAAGAUGAAAUUGAGAUUGACCAAGGAAAGAUAACCCAGUUGAUGGAACAUUUAGAUGUAUUUAUUAGUGUUAAACCUAAACCAAAACAACCAAGCAAGUCCGUGAUUGUUAAAAGUAUUGAGAGAAAUGCACCAAAUAUGUACUUAGCAAGACUGACUCUUCUGGGUCUAAAGAAAGAUGAGAAAAAUUAUCCUCCGUCCUGUUCUACAAAUAGUCCUUUCCCAAACCUGUCUCCAAACAAUGGCCUGGGCCUGUCGGCAUUAGGUUUGUUUGGUCCAGGGUUGAUAUCUGUAAAUACAACGAAUUCACUGCUGAUGUUAAAUGGACAUAGUCCAAACACCUUAGGAAGUCAACAAAGUAGUCCCAAUGGACAAAGUCCACAAGUCAACUGGGUUACUGCAGCUCCAUGUUUAUAUCCCCCAAUGAUGGUGUUAAACACCCCGGUAGUACCUACAUCCGUCCAGUCACAGUUAGAACUCCUGUCUCAGUGUAAUGCUGAAUUACAGAAAGAAUUAAGUCAAAAUGGAGGCAUUAAACAGGCCUCUGUCUCAGUUAAUCAAGUGCCAAGUAACAAUCAAAGUGAAUCAAAUAGUCCCUCCAGUAGUCCCCAUGAGAAAGCCAGUCAGAUGGGCAGAAGUCAGUCUGCUGUGGAUUUAUCCAACUUUCAGAAGAGUCCGAAUUCAUUUAGUGGUAUGAUAACACGUGAAAAUUAUGAAACUGAUCCUAACAGUAGUGCUCAUACACAUGAUCUGUUAGGUUUAAGUAAAACUGUAGAUAAUCAGAAAUCCUUACAACAGGAGAGUAGUCAAGGGAGACGAUCCUUAGAAAGUAGUCUCUCUCAUGAACAAUUAAGGACCAGUCUCUCGUGUGGACAUUUAGAAAAUAGCAUGAACAGAGCACCUGGUCUCAUUUUGGAUCACAAAGAUUCCACAUUGUUUCCUUUCCCAUUUGCUGUUGAUUAUGAAGAAAGAAAACUGAUGGCUAAUAAAGCUAUGCAAAAGAAACCUGAGGGUGAAUCUCGUACACCAACUGAUUUAUGGUCAGGGAUGGGAUUUUCUAAAUCAAUGCCUGCAGAAGCUAUCAGAGAGAGGCUUGCUAGACAGUUACAGAGCAUGCAGCUGUGUGACCCAAAUAUGACUACAACUUAUGAGUCAGCUAAUGAACAGCUCGCAGAGGAAAUUGAACAUGAUCCAUGGAAUGGUCAACAAACAGUCCCUCAUAAAAAACCUCUUAACCCUGCCCCAGGGGAAUACCCAAGUCCAAGGAAAAAAUAUGAUAUGUGUUUGAGUAGUAGUAACCAUGUUGAUAGUGGUGCCCUGCCACAAGUCAAACCAUGGUGGACAACUAGUAUUGAACUGGCUGAACUCUUCAGUAAACUGGGCUUAGGCAAAUACACAGAUUUGUUUCAGCAACAAGAGAUUGAUUUGUCAACAUUCCUUACUUUAACUGACCAGGAUCUGAGGGAACUUGGAGUUUCCACUUUCGGAGCAAGAAGGAAAAUGUUACUUGCAAUAACAGAUCUAAACAAAAGGAAAUCCAUGAUGAACAACGAUAACAGUAACUUUGAGGGGAAUACAACCCAACAACAGACACUGAGCACAAUGCCUCAAGCAUCUUUAAUGAGCCAAGCCCCGUCAACAUACACACGUGUCAGAGCACCACCUGGUUUUGGACCACAGCCCCAACGUUUGCCGGUUACAUUGAACAAUGCUCCAUUUUCAGCAAGUGAAAUUCAAGGACUUACAUCACAUAGUCUGAGUAGUAGUGCUGGGAGCAAUCUCUUCGGUAAUCAUGGUCCAAUUGGUCUGGGAUCACGACACAUGUCAUCAAGUUCAUUGUCAGCAAGUGCUAGUAGUAUGAACUUUCGGGAUGCAGAUAAUUUAAGAUCAACAAACAGUUCUAGAUCUGAUCUUGCUAGUCUCAGUGGGAGAUGGUGAAAUAUUCUUCAUUUUUAAGUGUAAAUUUUGAAGGAGAAUGAGCACAUUUAAAUUGUGUUAUUAUUUUUUUUAUUUAAUACAAAUCUCUUAAAAUAAUUGUGGAUAAAGUUAUUUUACAGAAAUAAAUUAAUGAAUUCAGUAUUGAUCAUUCUUAAGUUCAGGUUAAAACUUCUCUCUCAAUUUCUCAAA